AGUAUCCAAAACGAUGGGAAAAAGUUGCACUGGAGUUCAAGUGAGGAGCCCUGUUGUGUGAUCUCCCGCAGCAACACUCAGGAAAUCUCUAUUCACCCACAAUCAGCGCUGAGCGCCACAGCCCAGUGCGCCGCGCCGUGCAAAGUCUGGAGUGGGGAACAUAAACCGCAGGAAUAAAUCUCGUUUCUUGUGUUGUAUUUGAAACCUACCUGCCCUACCGGAGUCUCCAAAGAUGAUGAAUUUGAUCCUCUUCUGCCUGUUAUGUGGAUUGUACGGUGUUUUUGGAAAAGAUAAAGAGCAAAAAGGGAAGUACAGCGUCCCUAUUCUGGACGUAAAGAGCCGACAGCUGGUCAUAGACAUCAACCAGACACUACAGCUCAGCUGCAGGGGUCGCUGGGAGCUGUCAUGGGCGUUCCCUUCAGGUCUGGCCAGAGAUCAGGUGCAGGUGGAGGAAUCUCGCUGUGGGAAGACCGGCCAACAGUACUGCAGCAGUGUGACGGUGAGCCGCAGUCAGGCCCAGCACACCGGCCUGUUCCGCUGCAGAUACCAACACCGCACCCGGAAACAGACCUCCAUUUAUGUUUAUGUCACAGACAGCCAGCAGCCAUUUGUGGACCAUCCCGCGAUGAGCACAGAUGUGUUGUACUUGAUGGAGAAGCAGCCGCUGGUCAUCCCCUGCCGUGUCACCCACCCUAACACCACCAGCACGCUGGUGAAGUUCCCAAACCACAGACUGAAUCCAGACCACAGGAACAUUAUCUGGAACAGCAAGCAAGGUUUCACCAUCCGAAGUCCCACCUUCUAUUACAUCGGCCUCUUCUACUGCGAGACGAUCACUGAGGGUGUCAAACACAAGUCACGGAUGUACAUUGUAUACAGACCAGUGAGUAACAUCAUGGAGGUGUAUCUGAACAGCAGUGGACCUGUGCAGGCCUUGAAGGGAGAGAGACUGGUGUUGAACUGCACUGCCACCGGGGAGCUAAACACUAGAGUCAACAUCACCUGGGACUACCCUGGAAAGAGUAACAACACCGGCUCUACCUUCAAGAGGCUUGUGAAACACAAAAAUCACAUGUUGUUCUACAAUAUUCUGACCAUCCCCAAGCUCCAGCGCUCAGACCGAGGCCUCUACACGUGUCGCGUCACCAGCGGAAAUAAUACCAAACAACAGAAAGUCACUGUUACUGUCUAUGACCAUCCGUUUAUCCGCCUGAAGCCCCGACACGGGUCUGUGAUGGAGGUGCAGGCAGGACAGAAAUCUUACAAAAUCAGCCCCAAACUCCGAGCAUUCCCUGCCCCUGAGGUCAUCUGGUUGAAGGAUGGCAUGGUGGCAGCAGAGCAGUGCUCCAGAUACCACAUCGAUGGGACUUCUUUGGUGAUCCGGGAUGUAGCAGAGGAGGAUGCUGGGAAGUACACUGUCCUAGUACGAAUCCAGGAACACGGGCUUUACCAGAAUCUCACACUCACACUUGUGGUCAAUGUGAGUCCUCAGAUAGGAGAGAAAGCGGUAUCGCCGCAGGACCCGGGCUCAGUGCCACAAGGAAGCAGACAAGCCCUUCACUGCACAUCCCACGCAGUCCCACCUCCUCACAUCCAGUGGCUCUGGCAUCCCUGUCCAUCCAAAGGCCGGUGCGUGUGUCCAAAGUCUUCCUCACUAUGGGGUCCUGUGACAGAGAGAGUCCCUGCCACGUCCACAAGCAACCGCAUCCUGAGUGUAACACGCAGACAGGAAGUGCUUCAGGGAAAGAAAAAGACGGUGGGGGUCCUGACUGUGGCAGAGGCCUUUGUGUCUGGAGUGUAUCGUUGCAUUGCUUCCAACUCUGCAGGCACAGACCAGCUAGACGUCCACUUCUACGUCACAGACAUCCCAGGAGGCUUCAGCGUGAGGCAGAGGGAGGAGCCACGAGAGGGGGGAGACCUCCAUCUCACCUGUGCAGCCAAUAAAUACCUGUACACAGUGUUGUCAUGGCAGCGAGUGAAUGACAUCAAAGCAGAUCAGCCCUGGAGCUCUAAUCUGAGCUCUCUGCAGUUCACAUCAGGACAGUACUCCAACACUUUGGACCUGUGGCUAAGCAACCUGACAGCAAGAAACUCUGCAGUCUACAGAUGCUCCGCCCACCACAUCAUCACUGGACAGGAGAUGCACCUGGAUAUACAGGUGGUGGUCACAAUUUUGGAGCCUCCGGUGCUGCUGGAUAAUUUGACGGACUGUACGGUCAACGUCAGCAGCUCAGUGGUACUAACAUGCCCGUCUGUGGGCGUCCCAGCCCCCACCAUCACAUGGUACAAGGAUGAACAUGCUCUGUCCCAGGGAUCAGGUAUCAUCGUAUCAUCAGAGGAUGGGAGCCUCCACAUUGAUCGGAUCAGGCCCGAGGACCAGGGCCUGUACACCUGCCAGGCCACCAAUGAGAGGGGUACUGCAGAGAGCUCUGCCUAUAUAUGGGUCAAUGGCCCCUCUGAAACCUCGUCUCUAGAGAUUCCCACACUCACCUGUACCUGCGUGGUGGCCACUAUCUUCUGGCUUCUUCUCACUCUCUUCAUACGCAGACUGAAGCAGCCCAACAGCUCCAACAUAAAGCCAGAGUACCUGUCAAUCAUCCUGGACACCGGAGAGGGACCAAUGGAAGAGCAGUGUGAGAGACUGCAGUACGACCCCAACAAAUGGGAGUUCCCACGGGAGCGGCUCAAACUAGGGAAACCUCUGGGCCGGGGGGCCUUCGGUAAAGUGAUGCAGGCAUCUGCUUUUGGUAUUGACAACAGCACCAACUGCAGGACUGUGGCUGUGAAGAUGCUCAAAGAGGGAGCCACAGCCAGUGAACAUAAAGCACUCAUGACUGAACUGAAGAUCCUCAACCACAUUGGGCAUCAUCUGAAUGUGGUCAACCUACUGGGAGCUUGCACUGAGCUAGGAGGACCGCUGAUGGUUAUCGUGGAGUACUGCUGCUACGGAAAUCUCUCUGCCUUUCUAAAGAGCAAGAGAGAGGUGUUUGUGAACCACAUGUCUUCUGAUUUCUCCCAACCUCAGGUAUCUGACGGGAAGACUGGAAGUCCACGUUGUAUCAGCAGCAUGCUGGAUGCCCAAAACAAAGUUCCAACAAACCAUGAUGAGUUAAACAAGACAGAGAGCGAUGAAGAUCCUGACUCAUCCUCCGGCUCCCCUCUGUACCUGGAGGAUCUCAUCUCCUUCAGCUUCCAGGUGGUGCGAGGGAUGGAGUUCUUGGCUUCUCGCAAGUGUAUUCACAGAGACCUGGCUGCCAGGAACAUUUUGCUCUCCGACAAUAAAGUGGUGAAGAUCUGUGACUUCGGCCUGGCUAGAGACAUCUACAAAGACCCCGACUACGUCCGCAAGGGAGAUGCUCGUCUCCCUCUGAAGUGGAUGUCUCCUGAGUCCAUCUUUGACAAAGUGUUUACUACACAGAGUGAUGUCUGGUCCUUUGGCAUUCUGCUGUGGGAGAUCUUCUCUCUGGGAGCGUCUCCAUAUCCUGGUCUUCACAUCGAUGAAGAGUUCUGCCACAGACUGAAGGGGGGGACGAGGAUGAGAGCCCCUGAAUACAGCACACCUGAGAUUUACAGCACGAUGCUGGCAUGCUGGGAGGCCAGUCCCUCAGAUCGACCCACCUUCACUGACCUGGUGGAGACUCUGGGAGACCUGCUGCAAGCCAGAGUUCAGCAGGACGGGAAGGAUUAUAUUCCUCUGGGAUCUUUCACAGCAGGACACAGUGGUCGCAGUGAGACCGUGAAAGAAAACCCUCUCGCUGUCACAAAUCUGAGCUACAUGAGGGGGAUGGCCACACUUCAGGUUUUUGAGGAGCUGCCCUGUGAAGAGCCCGACAGCCCUGAUAAUGAGCAGAGCGACAGCGGCAUGGUCCUGCCAUCUGAGGAGCUGAAGCGUCUGACGUGGAAUAACAGCGCCAAGACCAAGAAGCUCAGCAGGUUUCUCUCCUUCACAAAGCGUCGGGACAACCAGGUGCCCUUCUUGUGCAAUGACAAAGGUCUCUGUGACGAUGAGCCGUCCAUCCUGCCGUGUGAUUGGGAAUCUGAAGAGGGUGGCUCCCCUCCUCCGGACUAUAACUCUGCUUUCCUUUACCCCUCCCUCUAGCAUUGGAUGUUGUAUUUGAUAGAUUAUCACGGGGUAUAUUUUUUCCUGCUGUUCAAUUCUAGCCAAUCAGAACUCAUCCUAUCUUUUCUACCUCGAGUCAAAAUCUGAAGAUCGUCUUCACUCCUCUCUCCCCCUUCAGCCAAACUAAGACAUCAGGAUGAAAACAAAUCUGGCUUUUUGCUUCUCUGUAAAGGUCCUUCAGUAUUACCAUGUUUAAUCCUGCACCCCCACACACACCUCCUCUCUGAGCAGCUGCUACCUGAUAGUAACACUCACCUGCUGUACUCUGCAGAACGUAUUCACUGAGCUAACAGUAAUAGAGCUUAUUGUAUUGGUACCUCAUGCUGAGCUUUGUAAAGAGGAACACUGCUGUAUGAAAUCUGUUUCUCCUGCACAGCGACUAAUGCUGGAAAAAGUCACUGUCACUGAAUCUGAAGAUGUCAGACAGGAUGUAGUUAUCUGUAUUUAUAUUAAUGCAUUAAUCAAAGUGACUUGUUUCUGUCCCGAGCUUUGACUUUUGUGGACGUUCACACUCAGCUGCCAGUUUAUUACAAGCACCUAGUUCAACCCUGACAGCCUUCAGGUGAGUACUAGGCUGCAGUGUGGCCUUACUUUACAAAAUGAUGCUCCGCAGUAGAAUCAAAGUAAGGGGGUCAUAUUAAAGUCCUCUCAGUGACAAACAGCCUGCUGUCAGUGUGCACAUAAACCACCAACAUUAAACCCUGCUGCAGCGCUGACUCUGAGACUGUAGUUUAUCUAGGUGCACAAAACAAACUGGCAUCUGAGUUUAUAUUAAAUGUAAUAUUUAGUGUUAUUGGAUAGAAACAAAGUUUAGUUAUUCAGAAUUUUUAUAAUACUCAUUUUCUCCUGCUGAAUAUUAAAUGUUUUUGUAUUAACAAAUAUAUUUAUAAACUCAA